UUAUUUUGUCUUCACAGGUUUUAAAAAUGUGUGGAUUGAUGAUUGAUGUAGGAAAGAGUUAUGUGGCACAAGAGAGGUGAGAUUGACAUGACACAUACCAAUCUGCGUAUUUGGAAGUAUUGAUCAUUAUGGAUUAUUUGAGUCAGUUCACUAACAGUCUCUGGGACCUGAGCAGUUACUUCCGAGAUGUUGCAGAUGUUGUGGUCUGCCUUAACAAAUUAAUCCAUGCACUUCAAGAAAUGAACAAGUUUCAUUCCAUUUACCUGGAUCAAGCAUCCCGAACCAUCCUAAAGAAUCUCAUGUCGUUCAUUAAAGGGGUUAUAAAAGGUGUGCGCGAAUCUCAUCAUUACUUUGAGAAGAUCUCAGUGGAUCUGGAUGGUGCCUUGUCACGAAACUCGCAAGCGCCACGUAGUCGCCACACAGAGGCGGAGGAGGCACAGAAUCUGCUUUGUGCGACACGUUCAUGUUUUCGUCACACAGCUCUUGAUCAUGUGUACUGCCUCAGUGCUCUACAGGCAAAGAAGAAACCUGAAGUUUUAGGAACGGCAAUUCCAUCUUCUUGGAUCUGCUCUUAACCUUCAGUUGAUAAAAGUGUUCAGUUUGCGGAUGAUUGUGUAUGGUAAGGUGGUCAUGUAUUCUUUUUGGUACUGAUCUAGCAUUUGUAUAGAGUGGAGAAAACAAGACACCUCGGUGUGGGCCAGUAAUAGCACCUGGGACUUCCAGAAUAUAAAGCAGGAAGUUUAACUGUUGAACUGAGGAAAAUGACUGAAAAAACUGUGGAUAUUUGAUGUGACUGAU